GCAUGGGAAGAGAGGAUGAUACCUCCUUCAAUUUCUCACUUCACUGGUUUUGCUCAGCUUGAAUAUCUCAACCUGCGCAUGACUUCUGGAGAAAUGCCAAGAUUGCCGGGAAACAUAGCGCCACUUAGGAAACUUAAGCAAUUGGAGUUGUCUGUAGAUGAAGGUGCUGCUCUAGGGUGCUCAAAUAUUUUGUGGGUUGUUCUCUUUUUGAAGGCUUCUCCUCUUCUGCAGAAGCUUACAUAUAGGCGUCCGGAAUCACCUCCUGGCUUCUCUGAAAAUGAAAGAAGUGAGAGAUGGCAACCGGAGGAGUUCACCCAUAGUCAACUUAAAGAAGUUGAAAUAGCUGGAUGUGUAGGUAAUUGGUUCGAAGUUGAGCUUGCUAUUUGCAUGCUGCAAAAUGUGCAGGGUCUUGAGCAAAUGGUCUUGAACCCCUCCCAGAGGUACUAUUACGGAGGUGGAAGUUGGAUUGAUGAUGAACAAAGCACGUGUCUCGGUGCACCUCGUUAUUGGGCAGAGAGGGGCCGGGAAAUAGUUGUUGAAAAGCUUCGAGACAAAGUUCCUGGUAGUGUAAAACUCGUAUUGUUAUGACCACCUAUUUCGACUUCUACUAGGUUUGUUGGUUGGUCCUAUGGGAUGGGGCAUGCUUAGUGAAGCACAAGUUGGGUGUUUGAGUUCAGACAACUGCUUAAGUUAGUUUGUUCAGAUUCUCUUAAGGUUAUUGAAGCUUAAUUUUUAUUACGACUUUGUAUUAUGGAGUUUGAAUUAAGCUAAUUUAUGGAAUUACUGCAGCUUUUAUUUC